AAUGUAUAAAAAAUUUUUGGUCAUUAGAAUUUCGCUGCACCGCCUGCACCAAAGAUAUCCAAGCCUAGAAGUGCAAAGGGAAAGUGAGCAAGGGAGCAUCAGAAAGGAAUGAUUUGUAAUGAGCCCACAGUUAUCGUCACUGUAGCAAAGGGACAUCAGACAGUACAGGAUAUUAAAGUACAGUUCAGCAUUGCUGCAGAGCAUCCCAUAGAAAUAGUGCAGUAUUACAGUAAAAUGUUUAGGAUGGCAAAACUGUUAUCGUGGUAUAGUAUCAGGACAGUGGGUAUAGUGUCAGGACAGUGGGUAUAGUGUCAGGACAGCAGUUAUAGCGUCAGGACAGCAGUUAUAGCGUCAGGACAGUAGCAGCACAGAUACUGUUACCUGCCUGCUUCUUGUGUUUCAUUUGGAGAGUCUGUUACUGACUUGCGGUUAAAUGGGGAAAUUAUAUUCAAAGGAACUGCUAGUUUGACAGGUGUGUUGAUGGCUGUGUUUGAAAACCAUAUAGCAGGAAGAGUUACUGUGUACACAGUGCCAGGAUGCCUGCAGUGUUUACAGGCCAAGGCUGCUUUACAGACACUGAAUCUACCAGUGUGUGAAGUGGAUGUGAGUCAUGAUGCAGCUGUCAGAGCUUGGCUGGAUAAAAUGACUGGUAGCAGCACUGCACCACAGAUAUUCUUCAACAAUGUCCACAUAGGAGGAAAUGACAUUCUUCAAAAUUUGACCCCUGACAAACUUGAACAUCUGCUACGUCUGGUGAAGGAGAAGCCUGUGCCUCCAGAUGCUCUACCCUUACCUGCAGUAAACAGCCCUGAGUGUGAGGAAAGGGACAGAGGAGCAAUUUCAGCUUCUGAAUUAUCUGAGGCCCUGAGGAAUCUGAUCAUGAAACUGUACUCUGAUCACCUCUCUGCUGAUGGCAAGUCAGUGGACUAUAAGGCCAUGUCUAAAAGCACAUGUUACGAAAGUUAUUGUGAGUUAGCUGUGCACCUGCAGCGUGUAGAGCUGCUUUCUUUGAGUCAUGAGGAGAGGAUUGCCUUCUUCAUCAAUGUCUACAAUGCCCUGGUUAUCCAUGGGUACCUGCGCCUCGGCUUCCCCAAAAACAUGUGGCAGAGGUACAAGUUCUUCAACUUUGUAAGCUACCUGAUUGGUGGAGAAGUUUUCACACUCCAGGAUAUUGAGAAUGGAGUGCUGCGAGGAAACAGGAAAGGAAUAGCACAACUUCUGAAACCCUUCUCAAAGAGUGACCCAAGACUACAGGUUGCACUUCCUGAAGCAGAGCCUCUAAUUCAUUUUGCACUGAACUGCGGUGCGAAAGGCUGCCCGCCCAUUAGGGCCUACACCUCAAAGGACAUUGGUAGUCAGCUGCAGACUGCUGCUGAGGCAUUUCUGGAGGCUGAUGAUGGCUGCAUUGUGGAUUCUAUGAAAAGAGAGGUGAAGCUUAGCCAGAUCUUCAAAUGGUACAAAGCAGAUUUUGGAGACUCGGAUGAACAGUUGCUGAACUGGGUUUUAAACCACAUGAGAGCCUCUCAGAAGAAGACAAGUCUGAAAACUCUUCUAUCUGCAGGAAAUGUUAAAGUAAGCUACAUGCCUUAUGACUGGUCCACGAACAGCACACAUUGAUUAAAACUAAGAAUUUAGGGCUUUGAUAUGACCUGCCUAACACUGAUAGGAUUAUAUUUUCUUUAGAAGAUGCAUGAGAGCACAGAUAGUUUUUUAUAGCUGUAGCUAGUUUUUCUGUAAAACUCUAGGAUAAAAAUUACAUCACAUACAAUUGCUGGCCUUGCAUUUAAGGGGAUAACUAUGCAUCUAAUUUUUUAACAAUAAUCCCUGAAGGGCAUGUUUUCCUACCAGCAGUUAUCCUAAUAACUAUACUGGAUUUUGCACUUCAUUAAUAAUUCUUUACUUUGUAUUAACUCACUUCAUUUCUCACAUAUUGUUAAUUUAGCUUGUAUGAUCCACUAUUGCUAUGGAGACAAAUAAAUAAUAAUAGCACUAAGACUUUAUGCCUAAUUGGGUUUGUUUAGCAUGGACUCUAUCAGCAAAUGGACCUAAAAGCAUAAAAAUGCAUGCUAUUGUACCGUUAUUAUUUUAAUUGUUCAAUAUUUUUUAUUUUCAUCGGACUCACAGUGAACAUAAACUGCAGUCCAUAAAUUGUUUUCGAUUUAAAAUGUCAAUAUCAAAGCUUACAUAAUAUCCUAUUAAUUGAUUUUGUCUGUGCAACUUGUUGCCAUUUUUAAACAAAUCUGAUGGGAGUUGAGCAUGUGUUAUCAAACCGAGUGCAUGUUGUUUGGAAAGGCUGAAAUUUAAGAAUAAUAUACACCAAAAUGUAUGAAAUCUAUUCUAUAUCUUUUCACCUUUUCAGUAUAUGACACCUAUAUACUAAGUGCACCUCAUACUUAGUUCAGGAAUUUCUAUAUUUGAUUGACAUAUAGACCUAUAUAUGCAAUAUAUGAAGGUAAAUGAAUAAGCAGGUGAAUGAUUUUAUAAAUCAAUGCAAAGCUGACUGGCUAAUAUUGGAUUCAUUCUGUUGCAUGAACCUGGGUUACAACAUUCUUGAGCAAUAUUAUGCACUGAUGAAUACAUUAUGAUAAUGUAAGCUUUAAAAACAAAACAUAUGUAUCCUUUGGUUUCUGAAAGGUGUAAACUAAUGAGAAAUAAAUAAAAAAGAAU